GAUCACCUGUUUGUGUUGCGGCGCGCACGCGUUGUUCGUCAGUAGCGGCAGCGUUAACGGCGGAAGGCCACUCGCGCCGUAAGCAGUCCGUACACGCCACUUCCGCCAGCCACAUGUAUGGGUCCUGUGUUACCGUCUUGUAAACGCAAACACACUUAAAUAUGUACAAAUUGUAAAAAAAUACAAUGAUACCGAAAUCGUACUAGCGCGUUUGUACACGUUAGUCCAAAACGGGAUGUUACCAUCCGUCUACAUUCGAGGGCCACGUGAUGCGCAGAACGAUAAGUAGAGUACGACUAGUCGAUCGCCCAGGCUGCUGUAAAAACUAAUUAGGGUGAGCCAAAACAAAGGCUACAGCAAGGGAAAGUGCAACCUGGCGGGCGGCCAUCAAUGAGCGUCCGGCCGGACAUUGCUGCGGUAACGUGACCAUGGUAAACGAUAGCAGCGAUUUCGGGGCAUUGCAGAACGUUAAACCUAACACGUUUUUACCGCUGUACAUACCGACAUCCACAAACGGUUCCGAUGUUAAUCACACGGACCACAUCGAACGGCAAUAUGUCGAAGACUACAUAUUCCAGACGUCCUUCUCCUUGGUGUAUUUGAUCAUAUUCACUUUGGGCACGUUCGGCAACGUGCUGGUAGUCUAUGUGGUCUGGGCUAAUAAACACAUGCGAACCGUCACCAACAUAUUCAUCGUCAAUCUGGCCAUUUCGGACAUUAUGCUCUGUGGGCUAGCCGUACCGUUCACGCCUCUCUACACCUUCACCGGACACUGGAUGUUUGGCGAAAUAUUCUGUCACAUCGUCCCGUACGCUCAAGGCACUAGCGUGUACACGUCUACUCUGACGUUGACGUCCAUCGCUAUCGACCGGUUUUUCGUCAUCAUCUAUCCGUUUCAGCCCAGGAUGACCGUUUGGACGACGGCGCAGAUAAUAGCCGCCAUAUGGAUAAUAUCGUUGGUGGCCACCUUACCGUACGGCAUUUACAUGGCCAACAAAGAAAUAUCCGGCACAGACUUUUGCGAAGAGACGUGGCCGCAAGAAACGUUUAGAAAGAUAUUUGGAGCCAUCACCGCUAUAUUGCAGUUUGUGCUGCCGUUCCUAAUUAUAGCAUUUUGCUAUGUCCGGGUAUGGCUCAAGUUAAACGACCGUGCACGGUGCAAGCCAGGUUCGUCGACGAAAAAUGCCAGAAGAGAAGAGGUCGAGAGAGAGAGAAAGAGUCGAACUAACAGGAUGUUGAUAGCGAUGGUGGCAAUUUUCGGUGUAUCCUGGUUACCGCUCACUGCCAUCAACCUUAUGAAUGACUUCUACCUGCAGACUGCCUCCUGGAAGCACUACUACUUGUUCUUUUUCUCGGCUCACGCGGUUGCCAUGAGCUCCACGUGCUACAAUCCGUUCCUGUACGCCUGGCUAAACGAAAACUUCCGAAAAGAAUUCAAACAAGUGCUGCCUUGCUGGCGAGAUGGUAUAGCGUACGGGACGGCUCGAAUGGACUCGGGUCAGGGCCGACGUGGAAGGAUCGGCGGUUACCGGUCGGAGAGAACUUGUAACGGCAACGACACAUGCCAGGAGACUCUGCUGCCCACGUCCGUCGUCCUGCCAUCUGGUCGCACCACCGUCACCACCGACUGCACGGGACUUGAUUUAGUCGAUGGUUUAAUGAUGGGUGACCAAGAAGACAAUCAAGAUGCAGUUGAAGUGAUGUUGGUAGCCUAUUCCCGAGAUGACGGCAUGUCUGGACGUUCUGGCAGUUUGCAGCAGAGCUCCGUUAAAACCCAAGUUUAAACAUCUCAACGGUCAUAAUACUGAUCACGAUAGUAAUGGUAACGAGCAAUGUCCAUUUUCCGCCAGAAACUACUUUACGCCUAGCCCAAAAUUAUAAGACUUAUAGAUGCCUAAGUAUAUAUUAAACGUAAAAAUAAUAUAUUGUAGCCUAAAGUGUUUAUAUUUAAUUAUUUAAAAUAGAAUAAAUAAUGAUGUGCAUUGUGUAUAAUUUAUGUUCGAUUUGACCUAUUUGUACAGAAAAUAUUGUUAAUUUAUAAUACAGAUAUUCUUUAAAUAUUCUUAGCUUAUAUGCGUUUAAAAAAAAUUACAUAUUAAUAUUAUUACAACAAACGGUAUGGCUAUGAUAGUUGUAAGUUCUUUAAAAAUAUUUAAAAACUAUAUACAUAAGUUAAACUAUAGAAAAAAAAUGUUUUGUGUAGUUAUAUAAUAUCUAUUUAAGAAAAAAAAAAUAUUAUAAUAAUUAUUACUUAUUAAUGUUAUAUUAUUUUAUAUGUGCUUAUCAAUAUGUAUUGUAGUAGUUUUAUAAUGUUUAAUUAGUUUUUUUAAGAAAAUUUGUUUGUGUCAUGCAAUACAUGUAUUGAGCCCAUGUGUAUUGUGUCACACAAACAACGUUUAAUUUAAUAUGAUGUAUCCUCGCCUGAAUUUUUGUUUCCAAAGCACAGCAUUUACCCUGUUCAUGUAUAUUUAAUUGAAUAAAUAACAUCAACUGUAGUUUUCAAUUCACCAA